UAUAAAUGCGCAGAGGGAGCUGCGGCCGGCAGACUCGGAGGGCUCGCGGGAGGCAGCUGCUUGUUGCCCCUGGUGACUUCUUCUCGGCCGGGGCUAUUAGUCAGGGAGCCUUAUGUAGGGUGCAGGAGAGAGAAUUCCCGCUGCGGCUGCUUGCAUUUACCCCCCUGAGCCCCCAGUAACUGCCCCGGACCCGCCGCCCCUGCUGCUUCUGCAUUUCUUUGCACUCCUUAAUUCUUUAUUUUAUUAUUUUUUGCACAUUUUUUAUUAAUUACAUUUUUGUAUUUUUUGGCAUUAUUCUUUUUUUUUGCGCCGGAUUUGCCCCCGAGGAUGGAGUUGGAGCACAUGCUGAAUGAUUUCAGCCCCCAGCAUGCACAAUCUGCCCCUCGGCCCUGCCAGCUCCCUGGACUAUCUUGUGCUCUGAGUGGGGCCCGGGGGCUCCUGGGGCCCGACCCCGGGGUAUUGUCCCCCGUCACCAGCCUGGCCUUCAACAUGAACAAUCUGACCGGCCUUGGGAGCCAAACCGAUACACCCAAAAGAAAAAUGGGGCUGGCGUUCCCGAGCAAGAUGUCGUCUCUGUCCCGGACGGCCUCCUCGGACUCCACCGACUCGGGCCUCUGCUUGGAUUCUCCGAGUCCGCUGGACCCGAGUGUCGCCCGCGAGACGUUCCAUAAAGCUAUUUUAGAAGCCGGAAUCCUGAGCAAUGAAUCCAAGCUGCCGAUCCGGAGAGUGUUUUCUCUGCCGGUGACUCUUCAAGGAGGCAGUCCUGCCUUACGAAGGUUUUCCCUCCCCGAUGACCUGGAAGCCCCCAGACCCCUCGCAGCCGCUAAAGACAAUAAGGAAAAUGAGAUAUUUACGUUUAAGAAGCCGUCUCGCCGGCCCUUCGCCUGUUUCAGACUUCGUGUCUUUGACGGCGGCGAUGAAAAGGACGUCUUUUCUGGCAGGCCUAUCUCUGCCCCCUCCCUCAUGUGUUACACCCCAGAGAAGAAAGGUCUCCACCUGGAGGACGAGAGCCCCAUUCGCCUGCGCAAGUCCUCGCUCACCUACUCCAUGUGCAACGACGACGAGGACGAUGGCUUCAUGGAGAUCAUGGACGAUGAGGAGGAAGCCAAGGGGGAGUCGGACGUCCCGUCGGGCAUGGAGAAUCUGCUCACGGCCCCCUUCGUGAAUAAAGAAGAUGCAAACGAUGCCGAUCUGGUGAUGAGAAGCAAAUGCCGCCGGCUCUUCCGCUCGCCCUCCAUGCCCAGCACGGUGAUCCGGCCUCUACUGAAACGCUGCGACCGGCCCGAGGACGGGGACACGCCGGUCAAGACCAAGAGACACAAGAUUCUGACGGCCGCCCCCCGCGACGAGGCUCCCGACAACCAACCGAAGAUGAAGCUCGGGAGGUCCAAGUCGCUGUGCGUCUCCACCGUCGAGCAGAUCUUAGACGGCGACACGAGAGACCUGAUCGGAGACUCCACCAAGACGUAUUUAUUGAAGACGGUAGAAGGGAAGCACCAAGAUCUGAAAUACAUCACUCCGGAAAUGAUGGAUGCCGUGCUGCGCGGCAGAUACAAGGAUACGAUAGAGCGCUGCGUGAUCGUGGACUGCAGAUACCCCUACGAGUACGAAGGGGGCCACAUCAAGGGUGCGGUGAAUCUACCCCUGGAGCAGGACAUCGAGGAGUUCUUGCUGAAGGAACCCAUCGUACCGUCCAGCGAGGACAAGAGAGUCAUCAUCAUCUUCCACUGCGAGUUCUCCUCCGAACGCGGGCCCAAGAUGUGCCGCUUCGUCCGAAAACAAGACCGGAACAAAAACGAAUACCCCAAACUCCACUACCCGGAGCUUUACGUCCUGAAAGGGGGCUACAAGGACUUCUUCCCGAGUUUCCAGUCCCACUGCGAGCCCCAGGCGUACCGACCCAUGCACCACGAGGAUUUCAAGGAGCAUCUGAGACUCUUCCGCUCCAAGAGCCGGACGUGGGCCGGGGACAGGAGCAAGCGGGAGAUGUACAGCCGCAUGAAACACCUGUAGGCGAGGAACGCGGGAGGACGGGCCAGGAAGAUCCCGCGUGGAGCCGCACGGAUCCGCUCAGGGGCCCCGGUGGGCGGCGGCCUGGCGGG